AUGCUUCUACGACCAGCAUUGAUCCGGCCUCCCGUGGCCCGAGACGCGGCUUCGACAUGUUCCCGUUGCAUAUUCCAGGCGAGUAUAGCUUCACAACGAAGUUUCGCAACGUCAUCAGCCCGACGAUUGAGGACUAUUAGCGGCUCACCGAGUACUCCAAGCUUAUUUCAGAAGAAAGAAUUCUUCAUCGCCUACAAUCCAUCGAAACGCGUAUUCAAGAAUGGGUUUUUUUCGUCCUUACCUCCAACCCGAGGCCAUACGGCAUCCCUCAGUACAGACAGCUCAACAAUCAACACCCCGAUUGCUUCAGGAAGAUCAGAACAAACACAAGAACUCCCUCACAGGCGGCGUAAACGACUCAAAGAAGAACAAUCUCGGGGGGAAAAUGCCACCCCCGAAGAACAAUUGCCAUUAGACGCCUCGGCCCAACUCUCCGCCAUAUCCUCCUCCCUCCCAAGCGCUUCCCUACGCAGAAAAUGUGCAGCAUACCUCGCACUCGCCAAACCUCGAUUAUCCGUUCUUAUUCUCCUUUCUACAACAUCUGCUUAUGGAUUGUACCCUAUAACAACACUACUCGCCCUUGACCCUUCCGUCGCUCAACUUCCGACUCUCUCAACCUCGACGCUCACAUUCCUAUAUCUUACGGCAGGCACAUUCCUCUCUUCAGCCAGUGCCAAUGCAUUUAACAUGUUCUUUGAGCCCAAAUACGACGCUCUCAUGUCGCGAACACGUAACAGGCCUCUUGUGCGAGGACUCGUUUCUACCCGCGGAGCACUGAUUUUCGCCAUUGCGACCAGUCUCGUUGGCGUCGGUCUGUUGUAUAUCGGCACAAACCCAACCGUCGCCGGUCUGUCAGCCGCUAAUGUCGUUUUGUACGGUUUCAUCUACACCCCCAUGAAACGGGUGCAUGUAAUCAAUACAUGGAUCGGCGCCAUCGUCGGCGCAAUCCCCCCCAUGAUGGGCUGGGUAGCCGCCGCGGGACAAACCGCUACAACAGGCCAUGAUACAUGGAAGGACAUGCUGUUCAGUGAAGAAAGCAUCGGCGGAUGGAUAUUAGCGUCAAUGUUAUUUGCCUGGCAAUUCCCGCACUUCAAUUCCUUGUCGCAUCUCAUUCGAUUUGAGUACAAAGCCGCAGGCCACCAGAUGAUGUGCUGGGUAAACCCGGCCAGAAACGCGCGUGUCGCACUGAGGUACUCGGUGCUCAUGUUCCCCAUCGCGUUCGGGUUCUGGUGGGCCGGAUACGUGAACAAUUGGUUCCUUGUCAGUAGUUCGUUGGCGAAUGGAUGGAUGUUGAAAGAAGCAUAUCGAUUCUGGAAAUAUCAAGGCAGCAAGGGCAGUGCGCGGGGCCUGUUUUGGGCUAGUGUGUGGCAGUUGCCGAUCUUCUUGAUUGGCGGUCUUGCCACGAAAAAGGGAGUGUGGGAUGGAGUUUGGAGGAGGAUUUUUGGCGAGGAGGAGGAGGAGGAAGACGAGUUGUACGAAGAUGAGGUGGAAGAAGAUAGCCUUCCUACCAAGACGGGGAAGGAUAGUAUUGUGCCGCUGAAAGUGGUUCAAUCAAGAGCAUAG